CCUUGACAUGCUGUCCUGGCGUUCUUUUUUGCGGGGGUCGUGUAGGAAUCUGCAUCUCUGCGAUGCUCUUGCCUUGGCGGAUCAUGCAAUGCGGAAGGCAAAGUACGUGCGCACGUAAUAAUGCUGCAGGCCUCACUGCCUGCCCUCCUUCCACCGGCGACCUUGGAAAGAAAAAAAAUCGGUCGUCAGGGAGUGACAUCUGCACAUCCUUUUGCUCUCGAAAAAAUUUUGUUCCGAGCUCAUCCUCAUUAGCAAGUGCGCGCAAAGGGGAUUUUAUUUCGUUCACUGCACACUGGCCGCCUUCCGCCGGAUCGAGUAUAAAUAGCAUUGGGCCCGCCCAUUGUUCGUCUACCAGAAGGAAUAGGACAACGCAUCUCUCUUGUGUGCAACUUUUUUGUCUCCCUCCUAUAUAUCCCCUGUAAUAUCUGUUACGGCACGCUACCUCUGCCCAUUGCCAUUUACUGUCUCAAGCAUGGGCUGGAUUGACAAGCUAAAACACCCGUGUUGCCCGCACGCCUUUCGGCAACGUGCUGGAUCCAAGUUCUCUGUCGAAUUGCGCGCUGGUCUGACGACAUUCAUCGCCAUGGCAUAUAUCAUCUCGACGAAUGCGCUCAUCCUCACCGACUCUGGAGGUCCUUGCGAUUGUGACCGCGAAAAGUUCGGCGCUACCUGCGAAACAGAUCCCGCCUACGCGACAUGCCUCCAGGAGGUCAAGCUGGAUCUGAUUACAGCCACCUGCGCCAUCUCCUGCCUUGCCUGUGUGCUGAUGGGUGCCCUGGCUAACCUGCCGAUUGCGCUGGCUCCCGGAAUGGGCCUGAACGCCUACUUUGCGUACACCGUCGUCACGUACCAGAAUGCUGUUGCGGCUGUGUGCAUUGAGGGCAUCAUCUUCUUUGUGCUGUCGGUUAUUGGUCUGCGCCAAUGGUUUGCUCGUCUGAUCCCGCUGUGCCUCAAGACUGCCACUGCCGCCGGUAUCGGAAUCUACCUGGCAUUUAUCGGUCUGCAGUCGUCGGCUGGAAUCGGCCUCAUCACCGGCAGCCCGGCUACUCUAGUUGAGCUCGGUGGGUGCCCGCCCGAGUUCCGCGACAAGAACAACCUGUGCACCUCUCACCACAUGCAGGGCGGCCCGACCUGGCUCGGCAUCAUGGGUCUGAUGGUUAUCGGCACUCUUCUCCUGUACAGACUCAAGGGCGCUAUCCUGAUCGGCAUUGUGCUUGUCGCCAUCAUCUCGUGGCCACGCCCGACCUCGGUAACGUACUUCCCGUACACCGAGGCCGGCAAACGGCGCGUGGUCGCCUUCCACCCGAUCAAGCACACGCUCAGCUCGUACCACUGGGACCUGUCGUCGGGCGAAAUCUGGAUUGCGCUGAUCACGUUCCUGUAUGUGGAUAUCCUCGACUGCACAGGCACCAUGUUCUCGAUGGCCAAGUUUGCUGGCUACAUGGACGACAACACCCAGGACUUUGAGGGCUCCAGCAUGGCGUUCCUUGUCGACUCGGCGUCGAUUGUCGGGUCGGCGUUCGGCUCGUCGCCAGUCACUGCAUUCAUCGAGUCUGGCGCGGGCAUUGCCGAGGGCGGCAAGACUGGCAUUACCACUAUGAUCACCGGCCUUAUGUUCUUCAUCUCGCUGUUCUUUGCUCCGAUCUUUGCGUCGUUCCCGCCCUGGGCCACUGGUCCGGCCCUGAUUACUGUCGGAUCGAUGAUGAUGCGCAAUGUUAUCUCGAUCAACUGGAACUACGUUGGCGACGGCCUGCCUGCAUUCAUCACCAUCAUCAUGAUCCCGUUCGGCUACUCGAUCGGAUACGGUCUGAUUGCCGGCAUUGGCUCGUUUAUCUUCAUCAACUCUGCUGUCUGGAUCUUGCACAAGGUCUCCGGCGGCAGAAUCUGUCCGCCCAACUUCAACGAGCGCGACAACUGGGUCGAGUUUGUCACCCGCGGUGGCUUCAAGAGCAACAUCCCGCCCUGGAUCAUGCGCCUGUUUGGCAAGCAGCCGGUCUCGCUGGCUCCUCACCACGACGUCGGCUCGGAGAACGAGCUCAAGGAGAUCGCAAUCGAGAACAGCAAGUCAAUCCACUAAUCCCCAACACCAGCUACUAAUCUCUCUCUGUAAUCAUCUACCACUAAUAAUCAAAUCAAUGCU